AUGGAUCCACAUGAAUCUGAAGAAAAAAUUAAAAGUUAUAUAACAAAAACAAACGCAUAUCAAGAAAUCACCAAUGGCAUUUAUCCAUCAGCAGAUGAUUUACAUUCUGUGUUAACUUUACUUGAUGAUCUAUUAAAGCAUGGUGCCAUGGGUUCACCAUUUGCUAUGGUUUUAGCAAAUAUUUAUAUGUUAGAAUGGGAGCAAAAAUUAAUUCAACACCAAAAUAGACAUCAUGAAAUUUAUGGACGAUAUAUUGACGACAUAUUUAUGACAACUAAUUUAUCCAAAGAAGAUAUUCUGAAAGAACUUGAUGAAACCAUUAAAACAGAUUCAAAUGUUACAAUUAGUACUACUAUCAGUCAAUCAUUAGAAUAUCUUGAUUUUACUAUUGAAAAUAUUAAUGGACAUUUAAAAAUAUCUAUUUAUCAUAAAUCAGCUUCAGAACCCUAUAUUCUACCUUAUGAAUCUGAUCAGACAAGACACGUUCAUGUGAAUCUAAUUUAUAUUGUAUUAGUGCGAGCUGCACGUAACUGUUCCAAUGUGGAGGAUUUUGAUAUGGACCGAUUAAGUACAGAAAUGAUAUUACUAGUUAACGGUUAUCCACCAAAAUUUAUACAACAUCAUAUAAAAAAAUUCUUUGCUAAAUACGAUUCUAUGUGUGUAUGGACUGAAUUAAACAGUGAACUCAAUCAACAACUACAUAAUAUGUUACUUUACAGACCAACAAAAAGAGAAAACAAAACAUAA